CCGGGGGGCGGAGUCGGAGAGGAAGGAAGGAAGGAAGGAGGAGAACGCAACCAAAUCCAGCGGCGGAGUUCAGCUCUGGGGCGGCGGCGGCGGCGGCGGCAGGUGAACACUGUGCGGUGUGCUUGAACACUCUGCCUCCCUUUCCACUCCCCGAUUAGGUUGAAUGCUUCUGCGCCAUCACUGUUGCAUCAGCAGAGGGUGCCCGUGGACCUGAGCCCAAAAGGAGAAUGACCCCUGCCCAGUGAAUCCAUGUUUUGUCCAUGCUGGAGAGGGAAAGAAGUUCUGCAUGGAAUGAGUCCUCUACAUGACUUUGCCAGCCAGCUGCACCAUGGGUGGGGUAGCCCUCUUCUUUCUCCACCUGCUGGUGGCUGGUUGGGCUCAGGGAGCGACUGUUGACAGCCCUUACCUUAGUGUGGGGGACGGGACAGCGUUGGAAUUUGACUUCCCUGCACACAGCCGUGGUGUCUUGCUGGUUUCCUGCCGCUAUUCAGGGCCCAAUGCUUGGCUGAGCGUGGAAUCUCUGGAACCUACAGUUGUUGCCGUUGAGAACGUCAGUGCCUCCUGGGGAGGAGGCUUUAUGGUUGGGUUUCAGUCCAGCUUAGCUGGCGUAGCUCCGCUGCAGCUGCAGUUGCUGGAGCAGAAUCGACUUAUUGAGAAAGCCGAUUUCCAGAUCCGUGUCAGUGCUCCAGAGCCGGUGGCAUCGUCGGGGCUGGGCCACUUCUCUGAGAACCCCAUCCUCUAUGCUCUCCUGCCUCUCAUCUUCCUCAACAAAUGUGCAUUUGGCUGCAAGGUGGAGGUGGAGGUUCUGUGGAGCCUGGUGCGCCAGCCCCACCCGGUCAUGCUAGGCAUACUAGGCCAGUUUGUGGUCAUGCCGCUGUACGGCUACCUCAUGUCCGUGGCCUUCUCCUUGCCUAAGCCGCUGGCCUUGGGACUGGUCAUUUCUUGCUCCUCGCCUGGCGGUGGAGGCGGCUACCUGUACAGUCUGCUGCUGGGUGGCGACGUCACCGUGGCCAUCUCUAUGACCCUCCUGUCCACAAUUGCAGCCACAGGGCUGAUGCCGCUCUCCUCGUCGUUCUACGGCUGGCUGCUGGGUGCCCACGAGACUCUCCACGUCCCCUUCCUCAAGAUCUUCGUCACCCUGCUCUUCAUCGCUGUGCCCAUCUCCACUGGCAUGUUGGUCAAGUGCAAGCUGCCUCGCCUCGCCCGCCUCCUGCUGCUCUUGAUCAAGCCGUUCAGCUUCACCCUCAUUGUAGGAGGGCUCUUCAUGGCGUACCAUAUGGGCGCCUUUAUCCUGGCGAAUGUGCAGGCCCCGAUUGUGCUGGCGGGCGUCACUGUGCCCCUCUUUGGCCUGCUGUUGGGCUACUUGCUAGCUUGGUGCUUAGCGCUGCCUGGGCCACAGCGCCGGACGGUUAGUAUUGAGGUUGGGGUACAGAACAGCCUGCUGGCUCUGGCUGUGCUGCAGCUCUCCUUCCAGCGGGCCCAGGCUGACUUUGCCUCGCAGGCUCCUUUCAUUGUGGCCCUGAGCAGCACUUCAGAGAUGUUGUUGCUGGUUUUGGGGAACCUGGCAUACAACAGACUCUGUUCUGCUGGCUCCUGAGUGCCCCUGGGUGAGGGGAGGCAGAUACCAAAGAUGUCAAAACAUUGGCUGUGGCCUGCAAGAAGAGACGGAUACCAUAGGCCUUAGAAGCUGGUCUUGGGGCGCUUCCCCCCUCCCUGGGGUGUGGAUUCCAAGGCCUCAGCCUCUCAGCCUUUCAAGGGGUGGCUUGGGUAGCAAAGGGGCCCUUUGAAGUGAGAAGCACACACCUCCCAGAGGCUGCUUGUGUGUUAGGAAUCCACAUCAUCUGGCCUUUUUGUUUUCUUGUCUACUUGUUUUUCUACACAGCAAGUGGUGCCUCUGGAGCUUAAGAGCUAGAGCUGUACUGACUGUGAGGUGGAAGAUGGGGGGUGUGGAACUGACCCAUUUCUUCUCUCCCAUUCACCAGGGAUACAGGGUUUUGAAUAAAACGAAAGAGAUAAUA